UAUAUCUGAAGGAAACAGGAGAGAAUCUAAAACAAAACACACUAACAAAACCUACAGUCCCCCACCCCCAAACACUCUCUUCACCGACCAAGUUCUCCGGCGUAUUUUCCGAUGAAUCUCCGGCGAAUAUAAUUGAAGCCAAAUUCCGCAAUUUAAUAUGAACAGGAGAGAUUGACGACCGAUCAAUCAUCGGAUUCGCAUUAAUUUGUUAUGUCGCUGUCUUGUUCCGACUGCUUCUCCGACCUUCUAUGCAGCGAGGACUCAAAUAUUAUCUUCUCCUGCGGCGGCGAUGAAUUGCCGGAAUAUUCGUCGGAUCUCGAUUCAAAUCCAAUCGACGUCGAGGAAUCGAUCGCCGGACUGUUGGAAGACGAGAGAGAUCUCGCCGGGAUAAGCUCUUGCCCUUCUCAUCAUCAAUUGAUUGAGGCUUCCGCUAGGGCAGAAUCUGUUGCAUGGCUUCUCAAGGUGCAUCGUUAUUACGGAUUUCAGCCAUUGACGGCGUAUCUCUCCGUCAACUACCUCGAUCGUUUUCUGUACUCCCACCACUUGCCGAAAUUGAAUGGGUGGCCAUUGCAACUACUGUCAGUAGCAUGCUUGUCAUUAGCUGCUAAGAUGGAGGAACAGCUUGUUCCUUCUCUUUUGGAUCUUCAGGUUGAAGGUGCAAGAUUUAAUUUCGAAGCGAAAAAUAUACAAAGAAUGGAGCUUCUAGUGUUAAGGGUGUUGGAUUGGAGACUUAGAUCAAUUUCUCCAUUUUGCUAUCUAAAUUUUUUCUCAUUUAAAAUUGAUCCAACUGGAAUCUACACUGGAUUCCUUUCCUCCAGGGCAACUGAUAUUAUCCUCUCAACAAUUCAAGAGACCAGCUUCCUUGAGUAUAGGCCAUCAUGUAUUGCUGCUGCAACAAUUCUUUGUGCAGCAAAUGAUCUCCCAAAUUUCUCCUUUAUUACUGCUCAACAUGCUGAGUCAUGGACUCAUGGCCUUCACAAAGAUAAUAUUAUGAGUUGCUACGAAUCGAUACGACAAGUAAUGUUGAAAAGUAAGGCAAAGAGGCAACCGAAGGUUCUACCGCAGCACCGAGUCAUGACUCGGGCGAGUAUUAUAUUGAGUGACGACUCGUCGUCGUCGUCUUAUAAAAGGAGGAAGUUAAAUAACGACUCGUGGGAGGAUGAUGACAAGAGAAGCUCUGAUUAAUUAAGAGGGGUCCGAAAAAAAAUUAAUAUAUAAAAAAAAAGAAUUGGAAAAAAAAAUGGGGGUGGUCCUAAAAGUUUGUGUAGAAAAUCCUCAAUAUUUUUUCUCAGAGGGUAAUGAGAUAAAAAAAUUGACAUGAGUGAUGUAGAUAUAUAUAUAAGUAGUGUAUCUAUCUAUCUAUAUGGGGAUGGAUGGCUUUGCAGAUUCCCAAGAGAGGGAGAUUGGGUUUGGUACAUAGUAUUUAUUAUUAUAAUUAUUAAUUUUGGAGUGAAAGUAGUGGGGAGUAUGAUAUAAAUGAAGUGGGAAUUGAGGUGAUUGAAUUCAAAGGUAGCAUUCAUUAUAUAUUUUAUUUGAAUGAAUGGAUGAGAGUUUGGUGUGGGACACCAAAUAAUAUGGCUAAGUAUGAGAGACAAGUGAAGAAAUAAAGAGGAAGACCAAAGUAUAAAUAAGGUAUUUUUGAUUUUUUUUGAGUGAUGUGCAUGUGUAUGUAUAUGUAUAUACACACGUAUGGUGUGUGUUACUUACUACACAUGUGCAUGUGUGAUUUUUUUGGCGGGAAAUGUCGAUUUUUUUUCCCAUGUCCUCGUCAUAAUCGGGACGCUAAAUUUUUUUUUAUAAAAUCCUCGAGUGUGGAUUGCACGUGCGUGUGAUGGAUGCGUGCAGGUCGAAUUUUUAUUUUAUUUUUUUAAUUUUUUUCCCCUUCUUUUUUGUGUAAAGGAGAGAAAAGUUUCUUUCAUGUAUGGCCAAAAGGUGGCCUAACUAUAUAUACAAAGGUCUUUGGGGCCUUUAAUUUUGGAAUUUUUUGUCAUGGUUGUUUGUAUUUGGAUGUAAUAAUUAUUAU